GUCUAGAGGAGGAUGAGCAUCUAGCGCUUUUCACUACGCCAAAAAAAAAAAAGAUUGUGUCGGUAUGACCCCCAUUUGACACUUUUUUUUUUUUUUGGGGGAAUAAUCAAAAUCAACACUAAAGAAAUAAGCAUCACAACAAUAACCAUCCCCGCCGUAACUGUCACCAAAAUGAGAAAGGAAGCGGCGCUCUCCUCCGCCCCUUCCGCCGCCACCACCGUCGGGAAGCUAUUUGUUUGCUUUGAAACAAAACCAUUAGUUGCCACAUUGCUGGCCCUCACUUUAGUUAUGCUUCUUUGGAACCUUCCUCCCUACUACCAAAACCUCCUAUCCACCACCCGUCCCUGCUCUGCUCCACCUCUUACCUCCGUCGCCGCCGCCGCUACCACCAGUUUACUCUCCACCAAUGCCUCACUCCCUUAUACGGCCACUCCAGUUGCUGAAAAGAAAUACUACUCGGCUCCUAAAGCUAAACCCAGCGACACAAAUAAGCGGGUGUUCGAGGCUUACGGGAACGCGGCUGCUUUGUUUGUACAGAUGGGUGCUUACAGGGGAGGUCCUACAACGUUCGCGGUGGUGGGAUUGGCUUCGAAGCCCAUUCACGUGUUUGGUAAGCCGUGGUACAAAUGCGAGUGGAUCUCAAAUAAUGGGUCUUCUUUCAAGGCCAAGGCCUACAAAAUGCUUCCCGAUUGGGGGUAUGGGCGUGUCUACACCGUGGUGGUGGUGAAUUGCACCUUCCCUUUCAACCCAAACCAAGACAAUGUUGGCGGAAAGCUGAUGAUCAACGCCUACUACGGGGAGUCCCAAAGGAAGUACGAGAAAUUCAUGGCUUUGGAGGAGGCCCCUGGAUCCUAUGAUGAAUCCAAGUACCAACCACCUUUUCAGUACGAGUAUUUGUACUGUGGGUCGUCUCUGUAUGGGAACCUCAGCGCUGACAGGAUCAGAGAAUGGAUGGCUUACCACGCCUGGUUCUUUGGGCCAAGCUCGCAUUUCGUGUUUCAUGAUGCUGGUGGGGUCACGCCUGAGGUCAGGGCAGCGCUCGAACCUUGGAUGCGAGCUGGGAGAGCUACGGUGCAGGACAUCCGAGGCCAGGUAGAAUUCGAUGGGUAUUAUUAUAACCAGUUUUUGGUGGUCAAUGAUUGUCUGCACCGCCAUCGACACGCUGCCAAUUGGACUUUCUACUUCGAUGUGGACGAGUAUAUCUAUUUGCCUGAUGGGAAUACACUGGAAUCGGUGCUGAAUGAGUUCUCCGAUUAUACACAGUUUACUAUUGAGCAGAAUCCAAUGUCUAGUGUGCUCUGCUUGAAUGAUUCCUCUCAACAAUAUUCCAGGCAAUGGGGAUUUGAGAAGCUGCUCUUCAGGGAAUCAAGAACCGGAAUUCGGCGUGACAGGAAAUAUGCAAUUCAGGCAAAGAAUGCCUAUGCUACAGGGGUGCACAUGUCGGAGAAUGUGAUUGGGAAGACAUUACACAAGACAGAAACGAAGAUUCGUUACUAUCACUAUCACAACACGAUUACCGUACACGAAGAGCUGUGCCGGGAAUACCUCCCCCUUUCUGCCAAGAACAAUGUCACUUGGUUCAAUAAGCUACCCUAUGUCUAUGAUGACAACAUGAAGAAGCUAACCAACACCAUUAAAGAAUUCGAGCGCAAAACCAUUGGAACCCUACAUAGUAACUGAUGAUCUUAUGACCCUCACUGUGCCUGCAGCUACCACAUGAUCAUUCACUUGUGUCCAGCACCGCAGUUUAAUGCGUAAUGGUUGAGCAUUCAUCAAGGUGUAGGUGCUUAUUUGUCGUCAUUCCUAAUUUGAGUUGCUCAAGCUUUACUCCUCUUUCCUGCUGGAGAUCUGAUGACCCCACGCAUUGUUACCAGCGGUGAGAAACUCAUGGAAAAAGCUGGAAGGAGGGUCUAUUGUUUCUUGAUUUGUCUGUAAAGGUGAGUGUUUUACUUGUACUAUUCCCACAGUCCCCCACCCCUUGAUAAUAAUUUAUUUUGAUUCUAUCUCUCUAUUGGAAUACUUGUAAAAUUGUUUCUUUACAUUUUAAUGUUAUUGCUUUAUAGAUAUAUACCAGUAAUAUAAUAUAAAAAUCCAACUAUGGCCUGGUUGUCAAAUUAUAAAUAUUAAUGGUUCUUUUUUUGUUUCUUUUCCAAGUAAAAGUUGCAGCAACUAAAUCCCAAAGGAGUGUUAAUCAAGAUAACCUUAUUGUGAUAAAUUGAUAGCAAAUCAUCCUAAGUUUCCGCUGAUAUAUUUCUAACUGAGUUGUAAUCUCCCGGAUUGAAAUUUUGGUUUCUCACAUAUGGGGAAAGAGUUCUAAUCUUACUAGAAAACGAAGUUACCUAUGGGGAAGGGCAAUUGGGCAGGCCGAAACUAGAGGUUAGAAGAAAGAAGUUAUAGAUUUUUGUGUGUGAGAACUAAAAUAUUUUGAGCGACCAGUGGGCCCCAAUACAGCGAAAGUCCAUCUGUCAAUUUUAACGGGUUUAAUAGUGGCUGGCCCUACAAAUGUUGUUCUAAGUUCCAUUAAUUGAAGAAGAAGAGAGCUUAGCAUUUUUUUCAUAGGAACAUAUUGUUAUUAUCAUUUUGGGUUUCCCCAUGCUGGAUUUCAGAAGAAUCAAUAGACCUCCUGAAAAACCACGGGCAUAAACCUGAAUCAAAUUGUAGUCUAUGAAUCAUUCUAUCCGCAACUUCCCCACUAUACAUGAACUCUAUGGGCAACAAUAAACUCUUCUGCAUGCCUUAAAAAAUCUCCGCACUACCUGCUCCACUACAAUUCCAAAACAGAACUUACAAAGGAAAAGGUAGUAAAAUAAAAACAACUAAAAAAGGUGUCAAGAACAUGGUUGUCAAAGUAGCAUCUUCUACCAUUCUUGCAUCUCCAGAGCGUAAACCAGAUUCCUCGCGCCUUAGAUCAACCUGGCUCCAUGCAAGAAGGAGGAUUUUUGCUAGGGCAGAACCAUAGGACUUGUAACAAUACCACUAGUAUGUAUGGCUCGAUUGUGGCUACACUAAGACUAGAACGCUUGGGCUUGCAUGUUCAUCUUUAACCUUAAUGAUUUUGAUACUUGGUAACUUGGGCUUGGAAAUCGGAAUGGACAUUGGCCCAAAAUUAAUACAGAAGUCCAUUGCUCAGUCAUUUUAUCCACAUCAUAGCCUUCUAGUUACCUACUGUUUUCCCACUAUUCUUCCUUGUUUGACCUUCCUUUUGAUCUGGAUUCAAUCCCAUCUUGUGAUUUGUCUCCCCAUAAUUACGUUGCAUGGAUGUCAUAUCAACACCACUAUCAUCAGAAACAUUCUGACCUAGCAUCAUCAUUCAAGAUUGCUUCCCUUAAUUCGGCAAAUCUAUUCCCCUCUUUCCGCCAUGAAUCACUCUGAUUUCUUGUCCUUUACUUUUCCAUUGUUGCAAUGUUGCAGCGGCUUUCGAUUCUUCCUCUGUACAAUCAUUCAUGGCCCGAAUGACUGCUCCUCAAUCUUCUGAUCUGCCUGGCUUACCGCUUGAUCAAUGUUCGGGUCCGUAUGUGCAACAUCAGAAGCACAAGCAUUUCGACUGUGGCCAAAUUUUCCGCAAUGGAAAGAGAUAAUAUGAAUGCCCUCAAAUUUUGAAGCGAACCAAAAAAAAAAUCUUUUAUGGCCUUCGAGCUUUGUCAAUUGUCGUAGCAAAACAAUGACGUAG